AUGAUGAACAUUCUGACUGAGUAUCUGCGUGCACAGUUGCAUCUUCGCUUACUGGUCUGGUCAUCUCAUUUAUCCUCACAACCCCAAACCGGCCUAGCUGUAUUCACGUGUAUGGUUGGAGUGUCUUCGACUAAUAUCACACCGAAUCAUAUUCCUCUCUUUCCGCAGUCAUCCCCGGGCACGAAGCCUUUGGCUGUCGCGAAUGUCAUCUUUGCAUAUGCUGGACAUGUUGCCGCCUUCAUAUUCUCGGAAUUGGAAGAUCUCAUCAUCUCAGAGACUCCCCGAAAUCACUGGCGCUUUUACAAUUCUGCAAGACGUGCUUUACACAGUGAGCGCUAUCGUAAUAUACGUCUUUGUCGGCCUAGGAGUCGCUUCUCCAGCGCUCAAUUUUGCCAGCCCACUCAUUAA